AUGGCCUGCUCUAUCUGGGUGGAUGCUUCACGGCAGGUGCGCCAGGUGCAGUUUGAGGACAAUUCCCAGUUCCUGGUGCUCUGGAAGGACAUUAACCCUGCCGCUGUGCCCGGAGAGGAGCAGAUCUGCUGUGUGUGUUACUCGGAGUCCGUGAGCCCAGAGAACCAGUUGGUGCGGUGUGAGAAAUGUGGGCACACCUACCACCAGGAGUGUCACCUGCCCAGAGUGCUGGAUGCGAGCAGCGAUGGGGCUGGGGUGCUUGGUGCAUGGAUGUGCCGGCAGUGUGUCUUCGCUGUGGCCACCAAGAGGGGUGGUGCACUCAAGAAAGGCCCCUAUGCCAAGGCCAUGUUGAGCAUGAAGCUGGUGCUGCCCUAUCAGCUCAAGGCUCUGGAGUGGGAUCCAGCACACCUGACCAAUCGACAGCAGUGUUACUGCUACUCGUGGAGGCCCCGUGGAGAGUGGAACCUGAAGAUGUUGCAGUGCUGCAGCUGUGCCCAGUGGUUCCAUGAGGCAUGUACCCAGUGUCUGAGCAAGCCACUGCUUUAUGGAGACAGAUUUUAUGUCUUUGAGUGCUGUGUCUGCACUGGGGGCCCUGAGAGCGUACGGAGACUUCCCCUGAGAUGGGUGGACGUGGCCCAUCUCAUUCUCUAUCAUUUAUGCAUCUGCUGCAAAAAGAAAUACUUUGACUUUGAGCGGGAGAUUCUGCCAUUUGCCAGCGAGAACUGGGACAACCUGCUGCUGGGAGAGGUGGGGGAUACACCCAAGAGGGAUCGGUACAGCCAAUUGCUGAGUGCCCUGAGCAGCCACAAAGACAGGUUUAUUUCAGGGAAGGAGAUCAAGAAGCGGAAGGGUCUCUUUGGGCUCCACAUACGAGUGCCACCUCCUGCACCUCAGUGCCCUGGGGGCCAUGAUGGCUCCACGGCUCAGCAGCCCCCCCUUACUGACAGCAGCUUCCUUUCAGGGCAGGGCAGCAGUGGGGCAGGGCGCCGGAGGCCACGGAGGCGCAAAGUCCCCCCAGAACCCACAGAUACCAUGGAGCUGAGGAGCAGCAGGGAGAAGUGGCAGCUGGACAGAGCCCUCACCCAGGAGGUGGUGGAGACCCCAGUCAGUGCUAGCCAGACAUACUGUGGCUACAGCGGCACCUCCAGCACCUACAACUUCCGCCGCACUGACGCCCGCUGCCUGGAGAGUGCUCCCAUCAGGAUGUUUGCCUCCUUCCACCCAUCUGCCAACACUGCCCGGACCCUGAGGAGCACCACUGCCAGCCCGGACUCCCGCGAAGCACCUGUGCCGGAGAGCGAGAGCCCUGAGCAUCCCCCUGCCCACACUCCACUGCCCCAUGCAAACUACCCAGCCCCCACCACCAAGCACCAGCCAGAGCCCCUGGCCUCCCCUUCCUCCUCCAGUGCUCUGUGCCCAGGCCCUGCCCCCACCAGCAGUAGCUACUUUGGAGCCAUGGGGCGCCUGGCUCGCGGGGAGGCUGUCCGCAUCCUGGCCCGCAGGGUCACCCUCGAUGGCACUGUCCAAUACCUGGUGGAAUGGGGUGGAGGGGGUAUGUUCUGAGUGGGAGGGGAAGUGCCAGAGACAGCCCCUCUAUUGGGGCUGCAGAGAGUUGUUGGCCUUCUUCUCUUCCCUCCCUCCACUGAGCAGAGUGCAACUCCCAGGAGCCCCCAGGACAGAGUAGUGUCAGGCCUCUCUCCUGGGGAGGUGAUGGGUUUGUCCCUCUCUGACAGCAGUGGGGAUUGCAGUGUAGUGGGGGGGGGGGCUCUCACCCUCAGCUUGGAUAUAAGGCAGGAACUGCUUAGUCCUGCUCAAAGAAGGGCCCUAGGAUGGAUGGGUGUGUGGGGGGGGGGGGUAUUCCCUGCUCCCACCAGGCAAAUGCUUCAUUGUAUUCAAAGGGUUUAUUUUCUUGUUGCAUUUUUAUUAUUCUGUAAAAAUUCUAUUUAAAGAAGUGCGAUGGGGGGAGGACAGAGCGUGGGGCACCCUGCCACAGUGGGGCUGUCCAAGGCAGAAUGGGGGCACAGGAAUAGGAGGUGACAGCUCCCCACGGCCUGGGAGGAGAGGGGUGCCCCAGCACAGUCAUCCAUCCUGCUUGUAAUCUGCUGUACAGAUGGCAUAUGUUCCCCUCCCCACAGGCCAGCUGUGCCCUCUCCCCCAUCCCUGUGUGCUGAUGCUGUUGUCACCACCACCAUUCUGACUGUACAAACUGACACCUGCAAUAAAGAGCUUGCUGCAGCCA